CGACAAUUCUGUGUUUAUUUUCUAACAAAUUUUAAAUUGAUCCAUUAGGGUAGUCACAAGCUAUACCUAGGGGGAUUUUUUUUUCGAUGUAUCUUCCGAGGGACCCCUCUAAAAGUUGCCAAUUGGCUAAAAAAUUAGAUUGGCAAAGUUUCAGCUCAACUGCAUACCGCUAACCUGUGCCCUGUAUGAAGAGUGGAGAAAACUACAAAAAAAACACGACCAGAUCUGCAAGCAGAGCUCAAAAUCAAAAAGUAGAAGCUUUUAAGUCAACCCUUGAUGACCUAUUUGACGUUGCUCAUCAAGAUGCACUUAAAAAUACUACUGAAGAAGACAAGCAUUUUUUGUUGCUCCAGAGAGACAAAGGACGUCCUGGCAUUUGCUAAAGCAGAACAACGAAGAGAAAAGAGACGAGCAUCUGAGCAAGAUAGGCAAAAUCAAGAAAAAAUAAAAAAAGCAAUUCCGAGGACUGACCUUAUCAAAAAUAGAUUCAAGAAUUCCGAUUUAGAGGGAGCUGUUGUGAACUGGGAUGGGAAAUUGCUUCCGGAUAUUUUGAAUAAAGUAAAUUUAGAAAGGUUAGCGGUUUUAAUUAGUUGUGGGGAUGAAGAACAAUUGAUAGGAGUCCCUCAGCUUGAAAAUAGUAUAGGCAUUACUCAGUGCAGUUUAAUUGGAGCUGGAGCUUCACUAAUUGGAAUCGGGUCUGAUAUUGCUGGAUCAUUAAGAUUGCCUUCCCAUUUUUGUGGUACGUGGGGCCACAAACCGACUCCCGAGACAGUAUCGUUUAAAGGUCAUUACCCCAGCUGCAAAGAUGAGUCUGCAUGGGCUGAAGUAUUUACUUUAGGGCCAAUCUCUAGAUACGCUACUGAUUUAAGGAUGUUACUGCAGAUUAUUGUUAAACCAACUGUAAAAAAAAAAUUGGAUUUAAACAAACCAGUUGAUAUAUCAAACGUCAGGAUUUAUUAUUUAGAACAAAUUAAUAGUCCCAUUGUGGAUAAACCAAAUAAUAAUGUAAAAACAGCUAUAAAUAGAGUUAUUAGUCAUUUUAAUAAUAUAUGCAAAAGUAGUUGCACAAAAAGUUUCUGUCAAGUGUCGCAUUUUUUAACUAAAAUAUUAACUGAUACUGUUAACAGCAAGUUGCAAACCUUUUUAAUGGAAAAUACCCAGAUUUACCACAACUUUCUCAGACAACUGUGUCUAAAAUACAUGCACAAUUUCAUGAAUAUGGACCCGUUAAACCAUUACGCAGGACGCCUCAUUUUAUUGAUGAAAAUGUGA